GGCGGCGGCGGCGGCAUGAAAGUGACCGUGUGCUUCGGACGGACCCGGGUGGUCGUGCCGUGCGGGGACGGCCACAUGAAAGUUUUUAGCCUCAUCCAGCAGGCGGUGACCCGCUACCGGAAGGCCAUCGCCAAGGAUCCAAACUACUGGAUACAGGUGCAUCGCUUGGAACAUGGAGAUGGAGGAAUACUAGACCUUGAUGAUAUUCUCUGUGAUGUAGCAGAUGAUAAAGACAGACUGGUCGCGGUAUUUGAUGAGCAAGAUCCACAUCAUGGAGGUGAUGGCACCAGUGCCAGCUCCACAGGUACCCAGAGCCCAGAGAUAUUUGGUAGUGAGCUUGCCACCAACAGUGUCUCAGCCUUUCAGCCUUACCAAGCAACAAGUGAAAUUGAGGUCACACCUUCAGUCCUUCGAGCAAAUAUGCCUCUUCAUGUUCGACGCAGUAGUGACCCAGCUCUAAUUGGCCUCUCCACUUCUAUCAGUGAUAAUUAUUUUUCCUCUGAAGAGCCUUCAAGGAAAAAUCCCACACGCUGGUCAACAACAGCUGGGUUCCUCAAGCAGAACACUGCUGGGAGUCCUAAAACCUGUGACCGGAAGAAAGAUGAAAACUACAGAAGCCUCCCACGGGAUACUAGUAACUGGUCUAACCAAUUUCAGAGAGACAAUGCUCGCUCGUCUCUGAGUGCCAGUCACCCAAUGGUGGGCAAGUGGCUGGAGAAGCAAGAACAGAAACACCCUGGCAGACACACCCAGAAUAAUGUUGGGCCAAAUGUCUGGAUGUCAUGGAACCCAGAUGAGGAUGGGACAGAAGAAGAUAACAGUCGUGUUGAACCUGUUGGACAUGCUGACACGGGUUUGGAGAACAUACCCAACUUUUCUCUGGAUGAUAUGGUAAAGCUCGUACAAGUCCCCAACGAUGGAGGGCCUCUGGGAAUCCAUGUAGUGCCUUUCAGUGCUCGAGGCGGCAGAACCCUGGGGUUAUUAGUAAAACGAUUGGAAAAAGGUGGUAAAGCUGAACAUGAAAAUCUUUUUCACGAGAAUGAUUGCAUUGUCAGGAUUAAUGAUGGCGACCUUCGAAACAGAAGAUUUGAACAAGCACAACAUAUGUUUCGCCAAGCCAUGCGUCUGCCCGUCAUUUGGUUCCAUGUGGUUCCUGCAGCAAAUAAAGAGCAGUAUGAACAACUAUCCCAAAGUGAGAAGAACAAUUAUUAUUCAAGCCGCUUCAGCCCUGACAGCCAGUAUAUUGACAACAGGAGUGUGAACAGUGCAGGGCUUCACACAGUGCAGAGAGCACCCCGAUUGAACCACCCGCCUGAGCAGAUAGACUCUCACUCACGACUACCUCACAGUGUGCACCCCUCGGGAAAACCGCCAUCCGCUCCGGCCCCAGCACCUCAGAAUGUAUUUAGUACGACUAUAAGCAGUGGUUAUAACACCAAAAAAAUAGGCAAGAGGCUUAAUAUCCAGCUUAAGAAAGGUACAGAAGGUUUGGGAUUCAGCAUCACUUCCAGAGAUGUAACAAUUGGUGGCUCAGCUCCAAUCUAUGUGAAAAACAUCCUCCCCCGGGGGGCGGCCAUUCAGGAUGGCCGACUUAAGGCAGGAGACAGACUUAUAGAGGUAAAUGGAGUAGAUUUAGCGGGCAAAUCCCAAGAGGAAGUUGUUUCCCUGUUGAGAAGCACCAAGAUGGAAGGAACUGUGAGCCUUCUGGUCUUUCGCCAGGAAGACGCCUUCCACCCAAGGGAACUGAAUGCAGAGCCAAGCCAGAUGCAGAUUCCAAAAGAAACGAAAACAGAAGAUGAGGAUAUUGUUCUCACACCUGAUGGCACCAGGGAAUUUCUGACAUUUGAAGUCCCACUUAAUGAUUCAGGAUCUGCCGGCCUUGGUGUCAGUGUCAAAGGUAACCGGUCAAAAGAGAACCACGCAGAUUUGGGAAUCUUUGUCAAGUCCAUUAUUAAUGGAGGAGCAGCAUCUAAAGAUGGAAGGCUUCGGGUGAAUGAUCAACUGAUAGCAGUAAAUGGAGAAUCCCUGUUGGGCAAGACAAACCAAGAUGCCAUGGAAACCCUAAGAAGGUCUAUGUCUACUGAAGGCAAUAAACGAGGAAUGAUCCAGCUUAUUGUUGCGAGGAGAAUAAGCAAGUGCAAUGAGCUGAAAUCACCUGGGAGCCCCCCUGGACCUGAGCUACCCAUUGAAACAGCGUUGGAUGAUAGAGAACGAAGAAUUUCCCAUUCCCUCUACAGUGGGAUUGACGGGCUUGAUGAAUCGCCCAGCAGAAAUGCUGCCCUCAGUAGGAUAAUGGGUGAGUCAGGUAAAUACCAGCUGUCUCCUACAGUGAAUAUGCCCCAAGAUGACACUGUCAUUAUAGAAGAUGACAGGUUGCCAGUGCUUCCUCCACAUCUCUCUGACCAGUCCUCUUCCAGCUCCCAUGACGAUGUGGGGUUUGUGACAACAGAUGCUAGUACUUGGGCCAAGGCUGCAAUAAGUGAUUCAGCCGACUGCUCUUUGAGUCCAGAUGUUGAUCCAGUUCUUGCUUUUCAACGAGAAGGAUUUGGACGUCAGAGUAUGUCAGAAAAACGCACAAAGCAAUUUUCAGAUGCCAGUCAAUUGGAUUUCGUUAAAACACGAAAAUCAAAAAGCAUGGAUUUAGGUAUAGCUGACGAGACUAAACUCAGUACAGUGGAUGACCAGAAAGCAGGUUCUCCCAGCAGAGAUGUGGGUCCUUCCCUGGGUCUGAAGAAGUCAAGCUCAUUAGAGAGUCUGCAGACUGCAGUUGCCGAGGUGACUCUGAAUGGGGAUAUUCCUUUCCAUCGCCCACGGCCGAGGAUAAUCAGAGGCAGGGGAUGCAAUGAGAGUUUCAGAGCUGCCAUCGACAAAUCUUAUGAUAAGCCUGCAGUAGAUGAUGAUGACGAAGGCAUGGAGACCUUGGAAGAAGACACCGAAGAAAGUUCAAGAUCAGGGAGAGAGUCUGUAUCCACAGCCAGUGAUCAGCCUUCCCACUCUCUGGAGAGACAAAUGAAUGGAAACCAAGAGAAAGGUGAUAAGACUGAUAGAAAAAAAGAUAAAACUGGAAAAGAAAAGAAGAAAGAUAGAGAUAAGGAAAAGGAUAAAAUGAAAGCCAAGAAGGGCAUGCUGAAGGGCUUGGGAGACAUGUUCAGGUUUGGCAAACAUCGAAAAGAUGACAAGAUUGAGAAAACGGGUAAAAUAAAAAUACAGGAAUCCUUUACGUCAGAAGAGGAGAGGAUACGAAUGAAGCAGGAACAGGAGAGGAUUCAAGCCAAAACUCGAGAAUUUAGGGAGCGGCAAGCCCGGGAGCGUGACUAUGCUGAAAUCCAAGACUUUCAUCGGACAUUUGCCUGUGAUGAUGAGUUGAUGUAUGGGGGAGUUUCUUCUUAUGAAGGUUCCAUGGCUCUCAAUGCUAGACCUCAGAGCCCACGAGAAGGUCAUUUGAUGGAUGCUUUGUAUGCCCAAGUCAAAAAACCGCGGAAUUCCAAACCUUCACCUGUAGACAGGCACUGGUGAUAAACUUUCCUGUCUCAGGAUGAUCCAGGGCUGAAACACAGAUCAGCAAGGGCCUCUGCCAUUUCCCCAUCACCAUAGAGACAGGCGUGUGCAGACAGGUGGCACCCUUUUCCGUGGACUGUCUCUCCUGACCCCUUUCUGGACUCUGCCAGUGCUUGCCCAUGUCCACCAGCAUUGAAGUUUUCCUGUGUGACUUCCAAGGUGAGCAGUUGGGAAGGGAGAAGGCCAGCACACAAGUUGGUUGGCAUCCUAGUCAAAUUCUGGGAUGUCACAGGAGCCUCUGUCCUUAGGAGGGAGUGAGUCACAAGUGCUUCUGCAUGGAAUGUCACGCUCUCAGUAGCGCACACCUGUAGGGACCUCAGCUGCCUCUGAGGGGCCUGGCUCUGUCCUCACAGCAUAGCAGCUGGGGGCAGGCAGGCAGCACCACCACAGGGUGACUGGGGUUAGUUGAUGUGACGAUACAGGGAUAAUUUAAAAGUGCAGCUCUCCCCUCCCCAGCACACCCUGACCCCCUUCCUUGCUUUCUUUUUCUUACUAGUGCUUAUGGUAUUAUGAUGUGGCAUAAAUGCACUUUUAAAAUGUUAUCUUCCAUCUUCUCCAACUAGAAGGAAAUUGCAUUUUAGAGCCAGGGGUUGGGGGCGGUUGUCUCUUCACUGCUGUAUUCCAAGUUCUGGCACACAGGCAUUCAAAUAUGUUCAAUAAAUUCAGGAAUGGAUAAACCAAACUCCUCAUCAGCACAGCAAAGACGGUUUAUGGGACGUAUGUGUAAUAAAACUGUAAGCUGUGUAGAAGCAGAGAGGGCCUGUCUUAGAAAAGAAACCUGGAAUUUCUGUCAGCAAAAUGUAGUUAAACAUUUUAACUGUUAAAGUCCCUUUUGCUUAUUGUAUGUUAAACUUAUAAUUCUUACAGGUUUCAUAGACCUUACAUAGUUUGGGGGGUGGGAAGAAAAAGAGGAUUUGGUACAAGCCCGUACCGUAAGGUGAUAAGGUAAGACGUGAUGUAGGUGUUAAGAGCACAAGCCUGCUUAAGUUCACAUCUCAGUGCUGCCAUUUAACCUCCUUCUUGUAUCUGUAAAAUGGGAUGAUAACACAUACCUCACUGGGGUUUUGUUGUGAGCAUGACACGAAUGACUGCAGGUACCUUGAACACUGCCAGCGCAUAGAGCAGCCCCCUAAGUGUUAGUUGCUAUUAUUAUUAGUAUGAUGCCACCACUAUCAUCACCAUCGUCUUUAUGCUUGAGUUCUAAGGACAUUUCGAAGCUAAAACAUUUGCCUCAGAGAUUGUUUUUGCAUGGGUAUGAUAUUGAAUUCUGUAUAUUAUUUUAGCAUCUUUUAUGUGUAAACACUUAAGCUAGAUUUUUCACCAUUGUAUUUUAUGCUGCAACUGAUGUCUGUACCUCUUUAUUACAUACUGCUGCUAAAAUGGGCAUGGUUAUGGACAUUUGAUUAACUUCUGUAAUUAGGAAGCAUCUUAAUCUUUAGUAGGUGUAGUGAGUCUUUCCUUCCCUCCUUUCUUUUCUUUCUUUCUUUCUUCCUUUCCCUUUCCCUUUCCCUUUCCUUUCCUUUCCUUUCCCUCCCUUCCUUCCUUCCUUUCCCUCCCUCCCUCCCUCCCUCCCUCCUUCCCUUCCUCCCUUCCUCCCUUCCUCCCUUCCUUCCUUCCUUCCUUCCUUCCUUCCUUCCUUCCUUCCUUCCUUCCUUCCUUCCUUCCUUUCUUCCUUUCUUCCUCCCUCUCUCCUCCCUCCCUCCCUCCCUUCCUUCCUUCUCUCUUUUUCUCUUUCUCUCUCUUUCUCCCUUACUUCCUUAGGUUCUUACUUUCUUUCUUUCCAAUAGAGUCUUGCUCUGUCGCCAGGCUAGAGUACAGUGGCGCAAUCUCGACUCACUGCAACCUCAACCUCCUGGGUUCAAGUGAUUCUCCUGCCUCAGCCUCCCAAGUAGCUGGGAAUACAGGCACGUACCACCACACCUAGCUAAUUUUCUUGUAUUUUUAGUAGAGAGGGCGUUUCACAAUGUUGGCCAGGAUGGUCUCUAUCUCUUGACCUCAUGAUCCCCUGCCUCAGCCUCACGAAGUGCUGGGAUUUCAGGCAUGAUCUACCAUGCCCAGCUUGGUGUAGUAUGUCACUUGAAUAGCCAAAUAUUAAUUUCUAUAGCAGGAGACUAAGGUGGAAGAGGUUUAUGAUAUUAGAGGAUGUGACUGAAGAUCGUGAAGGCCUCAGGCCUGGAGUCAGAUUCUCCCAGAGCUUGUGAUGCAACCUGGAUAAUUCUCGCUCUUAAGAGAAAACUGCUUUCCUCCUAGAAGUGUAGAGGGGAAUGAUAAGGCCGUCUUCAAGAGCUCUACCGUAUACAUAAAUAACAUCUGCUGUAGAAUUGCAUAAUGUAGUAUUAUAAAUGCCUGUAUUCAUUAUAUGCUAAUUAAAGUAAGUUCCAUGUUAAUAAAUAUGUAGUAUACUAUUAUUGAUGUUUCUUUAUGGUAAACAGGAAAUGUCCUGAGUGUUUUUUAUUUAUUAUUUCCAGCUCGGAAAUGAUACACAAAAUCUGAAAACAGGCUUACUUUUCAAAAUGUUAUUACUGAGUAUGUCUUUUCUGGCACAUUUUGUCUACUUACCUGGGGUCAGCUGCAUACAUACCUCCUAAAAUGAAGUCUCUCUAUACCCAAGGAUAGCUAAAUGCCCAUCAAGGAAUAAAUGAAUACAUUUGAGUUGUUUUAAUUAGCUAGGUGUGAUCUAAAGGUUGCUGAAAUCAAAAAGCCUUAUUCAUUUUUCAUCAAUAAUCACUUACCUUAAUAUUUCAUUAGAACCUGCUGAUUUGCAGACCUCCUUCUGGGCUUUGAUUCAUUAUGACUGCAGACAUAAUUUAACUUUCCCUCUUCUUCUCAUUCUGUAUUAUGCUCUUUCAUCUCUGAGACACUGUUAAGAUGUUUCCAACAUUCACAAGGCUACUAAUUGAUCCAACUUUUUUUUAAACUGUACUUAAAGCUAAGAGUUCUAGGCUGUGGAAGGCUCUGUGUGUGUGCACAUGUGUGUGUGUGUGUAUGUGUCGGUGUAUGUAUUUAGACAGUUUUCUUUAAUCCUUUAAAUUGCUGAUAAUAACAUGUAAGUUUUCUGUUUCAUAUGUUCUUAGAGUUAAAGUGUGGAUUUAUCGUAUGCAGCAGGCAGGAAGUACAUAGUUUGGCCACAUUCUUAGACUAUGCCAUCAAUUGGAAAGAACAAAGCAUCUUGUGUGUGGCGUGCUCAGCAGAUGAGAUCACUAUCUGUGCAUAUACCUUAUUUUCAAAAUAUUUCUCUAGUUACUUUAGAUGUAGCCUAGCACGUGGCCUUGGAUGUGCAGCAUGCCUGGUGGACUCAGGUAGUGGCUGCUGUCCCAGGCGUCUGUGCUGCCACCUAGGGAGUAUGGCUCUGAUGCAGAGAAGUUGAGAGAUGAACCCUCAGAUUAAUAGGAUGCUUGUGCAGAAAAGAGCCAUUCUUCUUCUUAAAGUGUGCAUUUUAAGAAGAAGAAUUAUCAGAUCAAAGCCAGAGACAGACCAUGCAGGGUGGGGGACAUCUGAUUGGAACUUCUUGAAAGCCAAAAUUCCAGGUACCUCUCUUUGAACACGCAGUUGUAUCUUAGGUUUUUUGGGGGAGUAGCUAAUCUAAAACAUAAAAAUAUACCCAGCACAGACUGGAAUUCUGACCGGCUGAUGCUGGCAAUGAGAAAAGAAAAUAGAUAAAUAGAAAAAAAAAAAGAAAAUAGAUAAAUGCGUACGUAGGUAUUUUUUGUUUCUUUCAGAUUAUGAAAUGCUGCAUGUCUGUCUUUUAUAACCAUGUUAAAUAGUUUGUAUAAAGUGCAUAUUAACUUUCACUAUCUGUGCCAGUUUUGAUGCUGAGUAAAAAUUGUUAAAUGUUAAGAAAUAAAUUUCUGUCCUUAAAAGCUUGGUAAAUGCAGGCUGGGCAUGCUGGCUCAUGCCUGUAAUCCCAGCACUUUAGGAGGCUGAGGUGGGAGGAUUGCUUGAAGCCCGGAGUUUGAGACCAGCCUGGUCAACAUAAUGAACUGCCUGUUUCUUUAAAAAGAUUUUUUAAAUUAGAAAUUAUGAAAAAAUUUGGCAGAUGUAUAUGUAUUCAGAAGUGUAAGUACAUUCAUUGGACUAGAAAAUUACCAGUCCCUGUUUAACCAACGCUACUCUUCACAUUUUGCUUACCUUUGGAAUAUUUAUUGAUAGUGCUUUCUAGCACUUUGUGUGUGUGUGUGUGUGUGUGUUAGAGUUAACAUGGCUUGCUUUGUGUAUGAGUUUUAAUACUAUUAUUUGCUUAUGAUGAUCUUCAGGAUUCCUGGAAGCAGUUUUCAGUACACUGUCUCUUCACUGGGCCUUUGUGAUCGCAGCCCGCCUUUGCUGCUUCACAGCCAUCAUUCUACCUGUGUGUGCAGGUGUGUGCCAGUGCCAGGAGUUGCUAUUGUAGACAGACCCAUGUGGCAUUGGAUUCAGAUCCUGGCUCUGCCAUUUACUUGGAUGUUGGGCAAGUUAUUUGACCUCUGUGAGCCUCAUUAUAUUCAUUUGUAUUUCCAUUUUUUGUCCUAUUGUUAGGCCAUAUGUCAGCUGUGUCCUGAUUUUUAUAUUUAGGAAAUAUGUUCUUGCCAUGCGUCAUGAUCUGUGUUAAAAGCUAUUGGGGCUGAAAGAGAAAUCCAGAUACAAUUUCUGAUAGUAAUGUUCUUCCAGUCUUUUGGGAGGAUAACAGACGGACUUAAAUAACACCACCAGUUUUAUUGACCAUGCUGUUUAUUUUAAUAGGCCAGAAUGGUUUGAUUGACUUUUGAAAAAUCUGGUAUUUUUUUUUUUGCCAUAUGGGCAAGGCCAUAUCUGGAGUGCCAAGCUAAUAGGCCUUCUUUUCUUUGCCAGUGAACCAUGAAAGUUGUUAGCAAAAUGUUUUAUCUCGAAUAAUCCAUUUUCCGAGCUCUUGGUGAUAUAUAUACCCAUCUUAAGGGAUAAAGUACAGAUUGUCUUUCAUCAGUCAUUGGAAAUUUGUUGCAUCAAAGAACUGCAGACAACUGGUAUGUGACGUGAUCUAGAAAGGAAGGUGCCUAGUGUGGUUGCAGAUGCCUAAAAAUGUGUAGGACUACCGUAAAGCAGUUAACUAAGGGUACAAAGUACGGGUUACAUUGUUUUGAAUGAUGUAAUAGUCGAAUAUAAAAAAAUGGGAGUCUAGUAGUACUUAGUUGUAACUUUUUUUUUAAACAGUUAUGGUUUAAAGGAGGAUGACUAUACUUUUCCCAUUCUUAUGAGAGGUCCAAUGUAUACAUCAUUUUGAGUCAGAAUGCUGCCAAUUUCUGUAUCUAGCAAUGAAACAAUGUAACCAGUAUUAGUUGUCUUUCGAUCUAAUCAAUGAAUUGUUUACUCUAUCCCAAGCCUCCUUGGUACCGUCAGAAUAUUUGUAUCUUUCAUUUCUUUCCUCUUUAUGUUCUUGUUUUUCUUUAUGUUCUUUAGCAUGUAUUUGAAGCACCUUUUGAAAAGUUCUUUUUUCUCUGAUUCUGUCAUCAAAGUCCUUUCUGUUUUGUUUUGUUUUGUUUUUUUAAGAUGGAGUGUCCUUAGCCCAGGCUGGAGUGCAGUGGCAUGACCUCUGCUUACUGCAACCUCAGCAUCACAAGUUCAAACAAUUCUCCUGCCUAAGUAGCUGGGAUUACAGGUGCCCGCCACCAUGUCCAGCUAAUCUUUGUAUUUUUAGUAGAGAUGGGUUUUCACCAUGUUGGCCAGGCUGGUCUCGAACUCCUGACCUCAGGUGAUCCACUCACCUCAGCCUCCCAAAGUUCUGGAAUUACAGGGGUGAGCCACUGUGUCUGGCCAGUCUGUUUCUAUUGAUUAAUUUUUCUCCUGAUCACAUUUCUCUCUUCUUUCCUAUAUCUAAUAAUUUUUUUAUUGGAUGUCAGACAUUAUACAUUUUGUAUUACUGAGGGCUUAGGUUCCAUGGUUUUUUUUUGUUAAUUAAUUUUUUUUUCUUUGGAAGGAGGCUCUUGCUGUGAUGCCCAAGUUGGAGUGCGGUGGCUCACUACCGCCUCACACUCCUGGGCUCCAGCAGUCCUCCCACCUCAGCAUCCUGAGUAGCUGGGACUACAGGCGUGUACCAGCACACCUGGCUUCAUUAUUUUGUGUGUGUGUGUUGGCGCUUCCCUGGCAGGCAGUCAAGUUACAUGCUAAUCCUUUAUUUUUAAAUUACCUUUUAAUCUUUUUUGGACCAAUUUCAGAGUAACCGUCAUCCUAAGGCCUAAUUUAGCCCCAUUUCCAAGUCAUAGCCCUCCUUGACUGAAUACCCAGGAUAUUCAGCCCGUGUGGUCAAUGCAGCCUCUUCCUCUGCUUGGGUACUGUCAGGGUGCCCAUGGUUGUUCAUCUUACGGCCACCUGGUAAUUAUUCUUUUCACAGAAGUUGUUCUUGUCUGGGCUUAUAGGAUUUUUCUCUUACUCAUGCCCAGGCUAGGAAUCAAAGACUGAAGAUGACGCGUGCCGAUUUCUGGAGCUCUUUCUCUGUGUAGCUCUCUCCUUUCAGGUCGUCUGUCUAAAGGUGCUGACCACAUUAGCCUCCCACUUUCAGAAUUCUGUCCUCUGUUGCAGUGUGGUUUCAUUUUGCUCCCUGCACUGCAGUGCCCAGAAAGUUGAGGUGAUGAUGGGGUACCCCUUCUUUAUUUCCUUUUCUCAGGAGUUACAGUCUUAGCCAUCCUGGCCCCCAAUUUCUGCUGAAAAUAGUUGUUUUCUAUGUUUUGACUAGUUUUCUAGUUGCUUAGGAUAGGAAGUUAAUUCUAGACUACUGUGUCUUCUUAUUGCUGGAAGUGGAAGUCCCUUAAAAUAUAUUUGACCAAUUGUUCUGCCAAAGGCUUCUACCAUCUCCUGACCUCAUUCUUACUCCUAAAACCCUUAAAAUUGACAUCAGCCCCUCUCUACUAAAGAAGAUUCUUUUCAAAUGACAAAACUGCCAAAUCUGGAGGCCAUGAAAAUGUGUCCACAUUUGACUUGACAGGACACCCUUCUUCCUUGGUCUCUGAUGCUCUCCUGUGUCUUCACUGCUGAUUCCCACCUUUUGGGGGUUUCCUUUGUUUUUGUUGUGAUUGUCAUGUGCCCACUCCCUUGUCUAGGUUUCUCCUUGUCACAUCUUCAGCUGUCGCUGGUGGGAUUUCCAGAGUCACUGCAGGAGCGCCACUCUGUGCCAAACACCAGGCCUUGCUCCACACACGUGUCUCUGGGAAUCCUGACAGCAUCACAGACUCAACGGGGACAGCUCUGGUGGGGUCUUUAUUAUCCGGACUAUAGUUGCUACUGUGUCUUCUCUCUCUGUUCUUUUCACCAGCAUCCUGCCUGUUGCCUGUGCUCUUCUUGCUUCUUCAUCCUUAGCCCUUAAAUCUAGUUACAGAGUUUUAUUGAUUCUGUUUCUAUACUUUUUCUCAGAUGAGUUCUUCCCCACCCAUUUCCUUUUUUUGAUUCAGGAAUGUAUUACCCCCUGUCUAGCAUAGUGAAGUCACAGCAUUUACACCCCUUUCAGCCCCCUGUGAUCCUUCCUAGUCCUGUCUGUUAUCUUUCUAAAUUCUAGUCUGCGCAGCAUUACCCUCUCCAAAGAACGAUGGCAGAAUCAAGUCCAACAAAUUCAGUGUGGCAUUCUCAUUCGAGGGAAACACUGCCGACUCAAUCCUCAGUAUUGAUCCUCAUCGAAACUAGUCACAUAGGGCUCUCUCCCAUCCCAGAUGGCCUCAAGCAUUUUCCUACCUGUGAUGUAUGCCUUCUCAUCAGUGUGGACGCUCUGCUGCAACCCUCUCCGAAUUCUCCAAUGCCAUCUUCUCUGCAAAUUUAGUACUUUUAGUUGGAGUGAAUCUCUUUCCAUCCCCAGAUCUGAAAGAGUUUGUUUGCUAAGACUUUCUUCAGGGUCUGAACAGGAUUGUUAAAAGCUAUCUGUCUCUCCUCUACUUGCUGCACAGUUUGUACUUUUCUUCAUAUUCUCUGGUCAUCUUCCUUGGUGAUGUUGGGGAGUCAUUAAGGCAUUUCCUGAGAUCUGUGUUUAGGACUUACACUGCUGUUGGAAAACAAUCUCAUAUGGAGGGCUGCUGUGACCACUGUGUACAAGGGCACUUUCUCCUGUAAGGAGAUAAGGAGAAAGAUCAUGCCUUCAUUCACCCCUAUCCCCUCCAAAUGCAUUUGUACAUUUUUGGAGAAUUUAAAGGCAGUUUAUAAGAUGAAUGAAUGAAAAAAGAUGACUUCAAGUUACUUAAUGACUCGAUUCAUUUAUUUAAGAAGAUUCCUCUAUAGCAUGUGAGCUCAGCAUGUACAAAUGAUUGAAUUUUAAAAAUUAGAUUGUGUAAGAUUUUUAGUAACAUAUCAAUGACAUGGGACAGAAUAUAUCACUUUAUAAAUUAUUAUUACACUCUGAUUUCUUUUGCUAGGACUUCUUUCCUCAAAAAUAGCCAUAUUUUAGAAUUGAUAACGUUGCAUUUCUUUCUUGGUGAAUUUCUUAAGCCGGUGGUCAGGAUCUAUUACCCUCCUGAUACUGCUGGAUUCAAGAACAGGUAUCAAAAGGAAGCAAAGUGGGUAGGUUAUUUUUAAGGCCCUUCAGUAUCUUUGCUCUUGUCUCUGUUUUCUUCCUGUGCAGUUAUUCAGGCACGACUGGGCCUAUGUUUAACUAGACACAACAUUUUGCUGAUUUCCUUUAAAUGUUUCCCGAGUAAGAAAUGUAUUAUCCCUUAAUCAGCCUCUUUUGAGAUGUCUGUUUAUACUAAACAAAAUCCUAUUCCUAUUAGUUUCAAAUUCUAAGCAAAAGCACUGGUAAUUAGACAUUGUCUGAAGUAACAUCCUGUUACUGUACUGCAGUACUGAACUUGAGGUGCAAUAGAAACAUAUUAAGCUUAUUACCAUAUUUAUCAAUUUAUUGGUAUUCUUUAACUGAUCAGCCAGGUAGAAAAACUAAUUCUGACAUAAGGAAUUUUUUUUUCCUCAAACUAAAGCACUGUGAGAAUUGGGAAGCUUAACACCUUUCUCUUCUCAUCUGUAAAAUAGUUAACUGUAUACGCAUAAAUAAUUAUAAUUACUAUCUUGUAGGGUUGUGGUGUGGGAUGAAUGAUCUAACCUAUCUAAAGCAUUUGGCAUAGUGACUGCUUGCAGUAUUGUACAUAUAUUUAAUUGUGGUACAGGUCAAAUUUGAUGACAAAAAUAUGGUAUCAUUUCUUUUUUUUUUUGAGAGGGAAUUUCACUCUGCCACUCAGGCUAGGGUGCAGUAGCCUACAGUCUCAGCUCACUGCAACCUCUGCCUCCUGGCAGAGCAUUCUAGGCUCUAGGAAUUCUCCUGCCUCAACCUCCUGAGUAGCUGGGAUUACAGGCACGCACCACCACGGCCUGGCUAAUUUUUAUAUUUUUAGUAGAGAUGGGGUUUCACCAUGUUAGCCAGGCUGGUCUCAAACUCCUGACCUCAUGAUCCAUCUACCUCAGCCUCCCAGAGUGCUGGGAUUACAGGCGUGAGGCACAGCACCCAGCCAUAUUAUGAUUUUUAAAAACAUCCUUCCAGUAAGUAGAUCUUCAGACUUCAGUGGGUAGCUCAGUUACUUGAAGAAGCGUUUCAUUUUAAUACAUCAUAAAAUAUUGGACAACAUCUUGGAGUUUAUUUUAAAUGAAAUUUAAUUUGUAAAAACUGCAGGCCAUCUAUGCAGUAAACGAAAUAAUCCCUGAAUGUGAUGUAUUGGGCAAUGUACUUAAUAUACAUUACAUAUGCAUAGGGUGAUUUGCAUGUAUCUAGUGUUUUCUGGGUCCUGUGUUUUGAAUGUGGGCAUCAGCUGGGAUGAGAGCAUUUCAAACUGGAACUGUCAGUACAUGAACCACUGUAAUAUUAAUUGGUGGUAGUAUCUCAUAAUGUGUGUGAUCUGUUGCAGUGGUAAAAUAGAUUAUUUUUAGAGUCCCAAUAUAAAAUUGUUUUCUCACUAGAUAAUUAUAAUUGGUUCAUGUGUAACACAAAUUUUAAAUAUUUUAUGUUAUUAACACCAGCAAAACACAAAUAAUAACAAGAUAGAAAUGCAAAUGGAUUUUCCUGUUUCUUAAACUGUGGCUACAAAUGAAGAAUUGGUUCCAUUUUUGAGACAGAUCUCGCUCUGUUGCCCAGGCUGGAGUGCAGUGGCGCAAUCUCGGCUCAUUGCAGCCUCCGCCUCCUGGGCUCAAGUGAUUCUCCUGCCUGAGCCUCCCAAGUAGAAGGGAUUACAAGUGUGUACCACGUCACCCAGUUGAUUUUUUGUAUUUCUAGUAGAGGGAGGGUCAGGCUGGUCUCAGAACUCCUGACCUCAAAUAAUCUGCCUGCCUCGGUCUUUCAGUGUUUAAAUUAUUUUUCAUGUGUGCGUUCCACACAUUUCUCAUGGAAAGGUAGUGACGGUUUGACAUGUUACUUUUGUGUGUGGUGAAAUACUGGUUUUCAUUAAAUUUUAUGUUGAAAAGAAAACUUUUAGAAUCAUAGAUUUCUGCCAUUUUAGAGCUGGAAGGAGCAUGAUUUAACCUCUCAUUUUGCAACAGUUGAACUAGUGCGGGGUGUGGAGCUGGGGAUGAGGGAGGCAGAUGAAGGUAGUCACCUCUUACCGUCGUCUUACCUUUUACGAUUGUCCUAUCACACCUGAUAUGGAUUUGGACACCCGCGGGCUAGAGGGGCCACUGUCUUUAAAUAGGAGUGCUGCCUUGGACGGACAAGGUCACCUGAUUAUCAGUAGCCUUUUAAUAAAUUUCUAAACAGGGAUGAUCAUACCUGGUUUUCCAAUUAAAAAAGGAAGAUAUGCUGAUCAAGUAAAUUAUAUAUGUGAAAGCAUGCAUAAAAAUAUAAGCUGUACCAGUGUGUUGUGUUCUGCUAUGAUGAUGACCCCUGUGUACUGACCUCACCCACGAGUUCUGGGAGUGAAUCACUUCCAAAGCGAAGAUGUGUAUGAUAGCACCUUUGGAAAGUAGAGCACACUUGCCCCUGCUAGCUGGUUAUUGUAAAUAUACCUGCAUUUAGGUAUUUCUGUUGUAAAUGAUACCUAGUUAAGGGUCUUACUUGGACUUAAAAUGAGAAGAGAUUUUUUUAAAAAGAGACACAAUAUGCACAAUAUUGACUUGAGGGUUAAACAGAUACAGCUGUUUGUGAGGAAGCCAGACAAACAUGAAUUGAGGGUUGAAGUACUGUCAUACCUACUUAGAACCUGGAAAGAAUGCUGUGGUCUGGGAGAUCCAGGUCCAUGUCUUCUGGCGUUGGCACUGAGACCUCUGUCCCUCCUGAAUUCCAUGUCCUCCCUAUUACUUCCGCAGGCUCAAGUGGAGGUAGUGCCCUGGAGUGCAUCUGUAGCCAUUGGUUUGUUUCAGAUGCUUGUGAAACAUCGAUGGCCCCUCAUUCAGCUGUGAUUAAGAUGAGGUGCCCCUGCUCUGUAUUCACACUCACUCUGUCUCCCUGCUUCCUUCUUCUUUUGAACACUCCAAUGCUGCUUUCUGUUCCUCCAUUCUGCGCUUUUCCUUUUUUCUUCUGUUAUGGGCCUGUCUUUGCCUUUUCACUUCUGUGAACAUCAGACACCCUGUGCCCUCCCUCUGCUGAGGGCCUUCCAGGGCCACUGAGUCUCCUCCAGUCUCUCUUGCACCAUGCUCCUCAGAGUUUUGUGUCCAGCCAUGCUGGCCUCCUUGGAGCUCCUUGACUAAGCCAAGUGCAGAGUCCCAGGCUACUAGUGCCCCUGCCCUUGCCAUUCUGUCUCCUGGGCGUCCUGCUCUGGAUCUUGAAAUGGCUAGCAUCUUCCUGGUAUUCAGGCUCAAUUCAGCAUUUCCUGGUCUCCCCAUUGUCCCGUCUAAAGCACAAGCUGGCCCCCACCAUCCUCUCAAGCACAUGGCUCCUCUUGAAUGCUUUUUACACAUGGAUCCGUGUUUCACAUUACCCUGUUCAUUCCUGUGUUUUUCUGUUUCUGAUUCUCCCCUCUUAAGUGUAACUCUAGGAGAGCAGAGACCCCAUCUGUCCUGUAAAGCUGUGUGUCUGUAAGCCCUGAAACAGUGGCUGCUCAGUCGACACUGGUUUCAUGGAUGUGUGUGUGCAGGGCAUGGGCUCCUCACCCCUGAUCUUUUCUUUGUUUGGUGGUGCACGCUCAGGCAGUCUCCGUGUUGACUGCUCUAGGUCCUUCUGUCUGUAGUUUGGAACUCUGCUUGCUGGGAAAGACUGUUUACCUGGCCUCAAAAAAUCUUGCUCUGGGGACAGGAAGGGAGAGGUUGGGAAAAGGAGGCUGACUCCUGGGUGUGCCACCAUGAGGACAGUCUCCACCAGGAAGAAAAACAAGCCCUCUCUUUAUGGUGCUUCCUGUUUCUUGUUUUUAAAACUUUUCUUCACCAAAUCCAAAAUCCCCACCUUACUUCAAGGCAGCUAUAAUUAAAAGCCUGUUUGUCAAAGAUUUUGCUAUUCACCCUUUUCACGUGCUUUCUAAAAAACUAAAACUCCUGAAAAUUGUUAUCAUUGAAUACAACAAUAGAAUGAUUUCUUUGACUAAAGCCUAAAAUUAUCUUGAUAUGAAAGUGAUACUUUUUUAUGUAAGACUUACGAAAUACGGAAAAGGAAAAGAUCACCUAGCCCCCCAAAACAAGAAUGUUUAAUAUUUUUGAAUAUAUUCUCAGACACAUACAGUUAUUUGCACAUCUGUACUUAUUCAGAACUGAAGAUAAAAUCAUGUUAUGCGUAACUCUUUAGUAGUGUUCCUUCUUAAACUCAUAUUGUCACAAACAUCUUUCCAGGCCACUCCAUAUUCUCUUAAGAGAACAUUUUUUAAGUGGCUACAUUAUAUUUCAUUUUAUGGGUUUAUCUUGGUCAAGUUGCUUAACCUCUGAGCCUCAGUUUCUUAGUCCGUAAAAGGUAUUCAUAGUCGUGCCUUAAACAACAUAAGAAAUUGGGUUGUCAUACAGUAAACGUACAUAGGGGUCAUACAGUAAACAUACAUAGGGGUCAUACAGUAAAGUACUGAGAAUGUACCUGUCACAUAGGAUGUGAUCAGUGAUUGUUAGCUGCUGUUUGUUUAUCCAAUUUCCUAUCUUUUAGCAACUUAAAAUGAACUAUGAUUGAUGUCCAUGAUCUGUCCUAUUUCCUGCCAAUAGCAUAUUUUUAAACUCUAAGAAUACUCAUUUUUUUCAUUUUCAAAUAAUAUAAUCAAAGAUGGUAAGCUAUUUCUACUUAAGCCAAAUAUCAGGUUUUUUUGUUUUGUUUUGUUUUGUUUUUCAGAUAGAGAGUAUCACUUUGUGGUCCAGGCUGGAGUGCAAUGGAGCAUUAUUGGCUCACUGCAAACUCCACCUCUUGGGUUCAAGUGAUUCUUCUGUCACAGUCUCCCAAGGAGCUAGGAUCACAGGCAUGUGCCACCAUACUCAGCUAAUUUUUUUGUAUCUUUAGUAGAGAGGGGGUUUCACCAUAUUGGCCAGGCUAGUUUUGAACUCCUGACCUCGUGAUCCACCCACCUCAGCCUCCCAAAGUGCUGGGAUUGCAGGCAUGAGCCACCAUGCUCAGCAAUGCUGCUUAUCGUUAAUCAGGUUGACACAGUGGAUUUAUUAGGCUUUUCUUCAUUUCAUGAGUUACUCAGAAAUCUUUCUUAUAGGACGUGGAAUGAGUUAGAAGAGAAACACUCCUUCAAGGUAGAGCCAUCUUCCAAGUGAACUAUUCCCGUCACUGCUGUUUCUCUGAGAAGAUGUUAGUGUUCAGCACUGCAUGGUUUUUUAAAAAGCAUUUUCUGUGAUUUUGAAAAUAUUUUCUUAGGCAUUUUUUAAAUGACAUGGUUUUUAUUUUCCUGUAUUUUUCUUUCUUAGUCAAAGCCAAUUGCUGGCCACCAGCUUCUUUGUCUGGGAGCCAUAUGCAUGGGAGAUGUUGGGACUGGGGGAGUUUGCUAGCCCUGACAUUUGUAUUAAGUGGAACUAGCUAUUGAAAAAUACUAACACAAAACCUCAGCUAUUCUUUUAUUAAUGUAUUAAAAAUUAUGAUCAAAUUAAAACAACCAGGAGAGCCUUGUUGAGCCUGAAUCUGUUACACUAUGAAAUGCACCCUGGGUUUUGAGGAAGAAGUGAGCACAUUUAUAGCCUUAAUUACUCAUUUGGGAUACUACAGUCUGUUGCCAAAGCCAGUUAUCAUCAGCUUUGAUUAGAAAUCAGGAAAGACAGCUGCUGAAAUGCAGAGUGAAAAGAAUUGUAUUGGAUUAGAGAGGCGUUCUUUUGAAUCUGAAAGAGAAGGAAAGCAUCUUUGGGAAACAUCUGAAUAUGCAUUUAUUUUAAUAAUUCAAUGGCUAGAGGUGGAGUAGAGUACAUUGUAAAUUGGAGUGGUUUUCAUUAUUAAAUUAAGUGCCUUUGUUUAGUUCAUCUAGAUUUUCCUAUUGACUGUUCCUUUUUCUUUUUGCUCCAUUGUGAUGCAGUGUUAUAUUCCUAUUUGUGGGUUGAAAUAUGUCAGUAUUCAUAAACUAAGUUCAUGGACCAUCCUUCCCAAUAUUUGGGCUGAUGAAACACCAUUUACCAGUGUGAAACCAAGCCAGGAGAGGCAUAUAAAAUAAUGCAUUCAAAUGCUAAGUUUAAAAAGACAGCAUUCUUUAUUCCCAAUCCUAUGUACAUGGAGAAGUACUACUUUGAGCUUUAUUAUUUUAACAGCGUAAUGUGGGAUUAUAACAUAUAUCAGAAUAAUGUCCUAAUCACUUGUCCCUGAGUAAAUCAGAAUUUCAGAGUUACAGUCAUUUAUUUAUGUUCAUAGUUUAUAUAAUCAAAAGAUGUGUCCAGAAGAUUAACUUUCUGCCAUUUGAAAGCUGUUUGAGAUAUUGUAUGGAAAUUCAUACAUGGCUAUUUCCCUCAUCCUUAAUUAAACUUGUUAAACAGCAGCAUUUCUCCUAUUUCUAUAAAAAAACUAUCAUGGUUGAUAAAACACACACAUACACAUACACACAGUGUGUAUAGAAGUACACCUAACCUUAACUAAAUAAAUAAGAAUAGUUGUAUUUAUAUUCAUAUUUGCAAGAGAGUAAACAUUUAUGCAAAUACACUAAUGAAAAUUUUCAAACGCUUUGCCUCCAUGUGCUCUAGCUUUAAAGUUAAAGCUGAGAAUUUUCACUCAAUUAUUUAACUCUAGGCAGUGUAGUGCUUAAACAAAAUAAAUGAUUACAUUCUGUACCUACACAAUGGAUCAAAACAGCUUCCUUCAUCCUCACUUUGGACCAUCUGUUUAAAAGAAACUAAAAACCCUCAGGAAGCAAGCCUCUAAUCUGUGGUUAAGAGUUUACAGACACAUGCUCAUUCUCACAACCCAGCAAUGUGUACUGAGCGCUGUAAUAGGUUUUGUAUUAGCUGUAAAAGGCUAGAUGUCUUGACCUCAGCAUCUGUCAGUUACAGCUUCUCUGUUAUUAGGAGAAAUUUAAACACUCUUUUUGUAGAGGAUCAAAUUUUAUGUUAUUUUAACAUCAGCUUUAAUAAAUAUUGGGAAUAAUAUUUUCCAAGAGCUAAAGUAUUCUUAGUUUCCAAAUCCUUUUAAGAACCCUGAUUCUUACUCUACCCCAAUACUCCCUUGAUGAAAAGAGCUUCAGUCAUCCAGACUUACUGGAGAAUAGACUUGAUUGGUGCUAAGAGAGUAUUGUGAAGGUCUUCAGCCCCACGUUAUUUCUUAUUGAAUCCCAUGAAAACUUUUGAAAAUUUCACAUUGGUUUAAGAGAUUUGGACGUCUGUUAACACUUUCUGUCUUGAGUACCAACAUGGGUCUAGCUCUGUUCCUUCCUGUAAACUAAUUGUUGCAAGCAGUCAGGUUGCAAGACAAUUUUUGCAUGAUACCAAACAGGAAAAACAACAAUAGCACAAGAUUUUUACCUUGCUGAAAGGAAAAGAUUUUUCAUAAUUAAAGCUUUUAGUUAUUUGUCAUAUACUCAUUAUAGGAAAGUGCUGUUAUCUUUAGUUCUGUAUUGAUACAAAUAUGUUACCUGUUCCUUAUUAUAGUUGUGGAAAACUUUAGUGAAGGUGGUAUUAAAGUAGUCCCAGUCAGGCAGCUCUGGAAACUGAAAUAAAUGAAAUAAGAGUGGGAAGUAAAAAAAAAAGCUUCAAUGGCUGUGUUUAGUCCAGUAAAUGGUGUCUGUUACUACAGAUGCAGUUUUUCUCUGAUGGAUAUCAUAUCCCUGGACAGUCGGCUCUGUUGAUUGUGAAAUGUAGUCAUCAGCCCUCCAAUAAGUGCUUUCUCUCCCUGUCUCCUUAGAUCAUAAGCUUAGAUCAUAUUAUUGCCAUCACAUACCCCAAAACUAGUCUUGUCCUUCAGUAGAUGGUUGGAUUAGGUAUACUCUCCAAGGUCUUUUUAAACUCUGAUUCCAACAACUGGUAUUCACCAACUAUAGAAAAGAUGACAUUGUCUUAGUGACACCCUUUGUUGUGCAGCGUUUUCUUGGUAUCUCUGUUAAUCUAAAUACUUUUAAAAGUGGUUGGAUAUUUGUAGAGGGAAAUUCUGUGUUUGGAAACAUUUCAGCUGGAAAAUGCAUUGAACUGAAUAUUGUCGGACAUUUUCUUAGAGCAAAUCAAAAUCAUUUAGUACAAUGUAAAAUAUAAAAGACAUACAAAAGCCAGAGCAAUUAUUGCAGCCUUCGUUCUUCACACAUAUGCACCCUGACGCACAUCAGACCAGCAAGACCACAAGUGGAUAUCAUUAGUCAGAACUCGGCAAGAUCCAAUUUCAUGCCAGUCACAUUCGCACACACACAUUUGUUUGUUUAUGUCAGUCAUUAGAACUCAGUAACUAAAUGUCAGUGGUAGUUAAUGUGGCAUUUUAUAAACACAUAGAUGAAUUGGGAAAAAAAGCAAAUUAUCCACAAAUAGCGACCAAUUGCAAAUAAUGUCAUAUCCAUCACAAAAAUAUCUGUGAGUAGGAGAGAACAUGACAAGGGCAAACCGUUUGAACGAGGUUAUACAAACAGUCAAUGUGGUCGACUCUGGACGCCUGCCUAGAAUCUUACCAACCCCUGAGCUGAUUCUCACCCAAGUCAUUGUCAUGUUUAGCAGCAGAACUGGGUUGACUGCAAAUCUCUCAGAUGCUUCAGCCCUGUCAUUAACUUUUAUAGUUCCAGGAAGAUUUGUUGUGAGUUUCAGUCUAGGAAUUUAAGAAAUUUUUAGUUCUAUAACAGCAUAAUCUUGCCUUUAAAAAAAAAAGAACGAAGAAAGUAUGGCAAACCUUAAUAAAUUCACAUUAAGCAGGAGAAAGUCCUAAAUUAGUCAUCUGAAUUAUAGAAUCUUUAAGAAAAUUAAUAGUAACUUAAUUACUGUCAGAUUCAUGGAGUUCCUUGGAGAAAUUGCUUUGGCAAAUAGGGAAAAUUUACAAAUAACACAAAACUUGGCAAAUAAAGCAAUGUCUAAAGAAUCCACCAUGGACUAGUAUUUUUAAAUCAUUUUCUCCCUAAAGUGCAUGCAUGUUUUCAAUUUGCCUUGCAAAAUUGUUUUUAUAGGAAAGAGAGCUAUUUUUGUUUUAACCAAUUAUUUGUGGUACUUAAAAUCCUUCAUUUACAAAAACAUAGGAAUGAUAUCCAUUUACUCAUUCUUUCGUUCACUGAGCAAAUAUGUGUUGGAGGUCAUUGUGCUAUGUACAUAGUGGUGAGUUCUAUAAAGUCCUUGCUUUUCUAGCAUGGGGGGUGGAAGUUAACUAAAAAAUAAAAAUAAAUCAAUAAAUAUUUAGUAAUACAUUAUGAUAAGAGCAUAAUCAAGGUACUGAGUAAUUUCCUUGAGAAAAUGAUAUUUGGGCUGAGUACUGAAGGAUGAAAAGGAGUCAUUCAUGCAGAGAAGGGAGGAAAAGAGCCACCCAGGCAGAAGGAGCUUUGUGGACAAAGCAAAAGGCAGGGAGACGUUUAGCAUGGUCCAGAAACUAGAAGGUAGUCAGGUGGCUGCAGUGUGUUGAGUGCUAUGGGAUGAAAUCAGAGAGGUAUAUGGCAGGUGAACCUACCAGGGCCAGGCUAAAAUAGGAAAUUUUAUUCAGGAUAUCAUGGGGAGCCAUAUAGUGGUUUUCAGAUUGUGGGCAUAGUCUGAUUCGUAAUUUUGAAACAUCCCAAUGGCGCUUGUAUGGGAAAUAGAUUACAAAGUAGUUAUAUCAGCCAGGAAGACAGAAAUUCCACUAGGUACUUCAAACAGAUGAGAUUUGGUAUAGGGGUUUGGAUACACAGUGUGGGAAGGAGAAAUAGACAACACAAAAGUAACUGGAGAUCAUAACUGCAAAAGCAGCUCCCACAUCACAGCGCAGAGUGUAAAAGGGCCAGCUUGGAGCUCAGAGACAGUAGGUUAAUACCCAGCAUGGUGGGCAGCCUUGAGGCAGGGAAGCCUGUGUGCAGGAGCUGCUGAUUGAGUCCUGAGAUGCAAUCAUGGAGGCUUGCACUAGGAGGUGGGAUGGGAUAGAAAUAAAUAGACUUGAGAGAGAUUUUAAACCUAGAGCCAAUAGGACCUGAUGCUUAUUGGGUAGGAAAUUAAAAAAUGACUGGCAAGAUUCUGACUUUAACAACUGAAUAUCUAGGGCACUGCUUUUGAGAUAGAGAAAGCAAGAGGAGCAGGCUGAGCUUUGUAGGUGUUGAGUUUAGAACAUGCUAAGUUUGAGAUGUCAAGGAAACGGUUAGGUAUGUGAGUAUGGUGGACAGAGAAGACAUGUAGGCUGGAGAUAUUGAUGUGGAAAUCAUCAGCAUGCAGAUGGUAUUUUAAAUACCAACUAUGGAAAUGGAUGAUACCAUCUAGGGAGAGAAUGGAGGAGAGAAGGGCUGGUUCUAAGCCCUUGGGACCUCCUGUGUUGAGAGAUCAGUACAGGAAUGAGAAGGAGCAAAAGAAACUGAGAUGGGAUAGCAAGAAUAAUCAAAAUCAAGAGAUAGCGGUCCUAUAGAAACCAAGACAGGAAGGAGACAAUGAUCCACUCUUUUUAGCAGAGCUAAGAGAUGAUUGAGUAAGAUGUGACAGAACCAUGUCCAUAGAUUUAGCCACAUGAGGAUAUUUGGCCACAUGCCUGAUGUGGUAGAAGGCUGAAGAGUUUACAGGAGGCAAGGACACUCCAUUCUGACACAGAGAGUCCAAGGGAAAGUAAAGGCCAAAUAGUUUCCUCAGUUCAGGACCCUGCUUACAGCUAGGCAGAAAAAGAAAAAAGAAAAAGUGUUAGCAUGUGAGGAUGGGCCAGGCACAGUGCCUCAUGCCUGUAAUCCUAAAGCUUUCGGAGGCUGAAACGGGAGGAUUGCUGGAGGCCAGGAGUUUGAGACCAGCCUGAACAACAUAGCAAGAUCUCAUCGCUACAAAAAAUUUAAAAGUUAGCCACACAUGAUGGUAUGUACCUGUAGUCCAGCUACUUGUGGGGCUGAGGUGGGAGAAUCAUAUGAGCCCAGCAGUUCAAAAUUACAGUGAGCUAUGAUUACACCGUUGCACUAGGACUUGAGCAAUACAGCAAGACUUUGUCUCUAAAAGAAAAAGGGAAAAUGUUUCACUAUACCUGCCACGAGGCAACAAUACUAUCUACCCUUCCCAGCUACUCUCUGUAUAUUGUAAUUUAGGGACCAGGUUCUUGUUUGCAUUGCACAGUAUUCGUUACUUUAUGAUUUUUGUGUUGAACUUUCUUCCGUCACACUGUUCAAUAAAUGAGGACAAUUUCACUCGCAUGUCUAAAAGUCAUCUUGUUUGAAAACUGUCAGAGAAGUUGUUAGGAUUUUAUUUCUUGUAAGUCCUGAUUGAAGGUUUGCCUCUCAUGAGGUCUCAAGUGAAGCCUACAUGGCAGUGUCUUAGCAGGUUUCCUAAACUUUUUAGGUGUACGCUCUGUUGCUAAAGAUCAGAAAUGUUACUGUAACCUUUUCAAGCUCCCCUUCCUGUCUGUCAUAUCCAGGUUAAGUCAUCUUUACCAAAUAGAUUGGGUUAUAAAAUUGCAAUUGAUUGGAGUCCUUGGAGGAAACAUUUUGUGAGUUUUAUCAGUCCCCAAAUAUCUCAUAUCUGGACUAAGAGUAUAAUUUAGAUAUUGCUAUUGUAUACCUAUAAGACAUGUUAUCUGGUAAUAUUAUCUCAGCAGCAUUAACCUCUGACUCUGUUCUCAAACCGGGAUUGGGAAAGUGAAGUAUUUGCUUAAUGAUUGAUUAAUAUUUUGACCUUUUUUCAAGUUCUGUAAAGUGCCUAACAUAGCACUGAGUGUUUCAGCCUAUUAUCUCUUGAUAUGUAAGUCAUCUUUUAGUUUGCUUUGCUACUAUAAUUAAGGAAAUAAGAGCAGAAAGCCUAUUUCUUGGUCAAAGUGCUAUUUUUAUAGGAGGACAAAACAUGUAUUGUUUUACUUUACUUAUCAGCAGGCCCCACUGCUGUUCCCUAAGGUUGUGUUUAAUAAGUAUGUUCUCUGGGGCCAGAAUGUCAAAUAUAUCCCUAAUGAGCUCAGUGACAUCACUGAGCGUGCCUAUGUUCCUUGCCAAUAGUCGGCAUUGUUGGAGCACAUCACAUUCGCUGCAUCUGAGCACAGAUGCCAAGGUCAGGGCAUUAACAAGCAAGAGAGCUUCAAGAGGGGGGAAGAAAAGAUGAAGAUUGAAAGCAAAUCUGUCCAUGUCAGAGAACAAUGGGUGGCUGUUUAGGGAGAGUGGUAGAGACACUCGGGAGAAGACAUUUGCCUCCUACAAGUUUCCUGCACAUCUCUGCCCUGUGGAAAUGGUGUCAGUUGGGCGUUGAUCUGAAAGAUGAUCAUCUGUAAGCCACAGCUGCCACUUUGAGUGCUGAGAUUUGGAAUAUGCCACAGACAGCCCUGACAUUCUAGAACUGAUUGAAAUGUUGUGACCUUCAGAGGUAACUAAUACAUUUCCAGUAGCGUGACUUCUGGAAGUAAUAUGGUUCAGAAACCAAAAGUUGGUUCUUUGUAGAAAAUAGUUCAUGAACAAGUUCUUUUUUUGAUUUUUAACUAAGAUUAUGUUAAUAACACCAGUAUAUAUCAAAAGGAAAAAAUAUCUCAUGCAUACUUUUUCCUGUUAAGAAUAGAGUAUAUAAAGCUAUGUUAAGCAGUUUUGUUACACACAUAUGUAUAUGUGGAUGUCUAAAACAAGUUUGACAAAAGGAUGAAGUUUUGUGGCUAAGAUGAGCCUCCACUUUUGGGCACAAGUAGAGUAACCGAAGAACGAAAAGCAACCUUAGAAGAAAUUCUUUAGGUUUUGAUUUUGAUUUGGAGUUUUAUUUUUGAAGAUACAGGAUCUCACCAUGUCACCCAGGCUGGAAUGCUAGUGGUGCGAUUAUAGCUCACUACAGCCUUGAACUCCUGCACUCAAGAGAUCUUCCCACCUCUGUCUUCCAAGUAGCUGGAACCGCAACCCCGGCCUAGUGCCCAGCUGUGUUUACAUUUUUUGAUGUCUCACUGUGUUGCCCAGGCUGGUCUCAAACUCCUGGCCUCGAGUGAUCCUCCCACCCUAGCCUCCCAAAUCACUGGGAUUACAGGCGUGAGUCACCACUCCCAGCUCGUUUUUUAAAUUAUUUUUUUUAAGUUGCCAGUUGAUAGUUUCCUCUCUACCCUCUAAACUUGUCAUUUUAGAAUGAAGAGCAAAAGAGUUUCUUGCUUUGCAUUGAGAAGUAAAAGGCCAAAAUAGGACAAGACAUCAUCCUCAGUAUUAAGUUGACUAAAGGAAAAAUAAUUUGGAGGAGGUCGAGCCAGUCCAGAUCUAUAUUCAAGUGACUGAUGGGAGUUGCUAGGUAUGGAAAACUUUCAGUCUGUUCCUUCUUUAGAUAUUGGGUAUAUUGAGGUGUCUUUGUAUAUUGCUUUUCGGCAAAUAUAAACAAAAUACUUAGCUUUACCAAUGUGAAUUUAGAAUGGAAUCUGUCUUCAUACAGAGGUCUGGGGUAGAGAUAGAAGGGGAGGAUGGAAGAGGCACACAGCUCUUCCAGUCAGUAUCCACUGCUGGGUGGACCAAGCCCUGGUGUGUUUCUUCCUGCUCAGGAAAUGGACAUGUUGAGGCUUUCCUGGUUUCUGUGGCCGGGUUGCUUUAUGUUCUGUGGUAUUUAUUUAUUUAUUGGUUACAGUCUUUGAUUUGUGGUUGCACAAUAUAUUAAAUAGAAACAGAAGGCCAUAUUGUUUCCUCAGUUCAGGACCUCCCCAGAGCUGGGCAAGGAAAGGUUAUUCAUAUUUGACACUAAUAUAUUUGCCUUUUCUGUCACACCUCAUUGCUGUCCAAGUGUAUAAAUGUGAACUAAAGCUUUGGUAUUUUUAAGCUAUCCAAAUGCAAAUAGGAAUUCAUUUGAGGGCCACGUGACAAGUUAGAUGAAUAAUUCUUAAGACUUUUCUUUCAUGUAACAAAAGCUACUACAAUGCGUAAAUUGGAUGAAUAAAUGUAUGCAUUGAUACAUUUCCUUGUUGCAUCAGCAUUUCACUCAUUCUUUACUUUGGUUAUUUGUUUGCUUGUUCAUUUAUUGCCCAGCAACAGAAACAACAAAAAUUGAUUAGGUGUGUUGAAAACAUAAGAAAUAUGGGACAGAACACAGUUUGUGACCUUGGAGCUUUUUUUUGAGCCGGAGUUUCGCUCUUGUUACCCAGGCUGGAGUGCAAUGGCGCGAUCUCGGCUCACCGCAACCUCCGCCCCCUGGGUUCAGGCAAUUCUCCUGCCUCAGCCUCCUGAGUAGCUGGGAUUCCAGGCACGCGCCACCAUGCCCAGCUAAUUUUUUUGUAUUUGUAGUAGAGAUGGGGUUUUACCAUGUUGACUAGGAUGGUCUGGAUCUCUUGACCUUGUGAUCCACCCACCUUGGCCUCCCAAAGUGCUGGGAUUACAGUCAUGAGCCACCGCGCCCGGCCGACCUUGGAGCUUUUGAGCAGGUUGGAACACACACACACACACACACACACACACACACAUUCUUCAACUAGAGAAGAAUUACCAAGGGAUGUAUGAAUAUGAGCAAAAUGAUCGUAUUAAAGAGGCAUAUUUAGGCUUAAUACUUGUGGAAUGUGUUUAUAAAGAAGAGUUUGGGCCAGAGGUGGCUCACACCUGUAAUCCUAGCACUCUGGGAGGUCACGGUAGGAGGAUCACUUGCAGUCAGGAGUUCAGAGACCAACCUGGGCCACAUAGCAAGACCCUAUCACUAUAGUAAAAAUUCUAAAAUUAGCUGGGCAUGAUGGUACACAGCUAUAGUCCCAGCUUAUUCAGGAGGGCAAUGUGGGAGAAUUGCUUGAGCCCAGGAGUUCAAGGCUGCAGUGAGCUAUAAUCACGCCACUGUACUUCAGCCUGGGUACAGAGCAAGAUUCUGUCUCUAAAUAAAAUAAAAAGAAGGAAGAGGAAAGUUUUAGGCUGUAUUUGGAGGAGAGGCAUCUCAUGCAGAAGCAGGCAUACAGCUGAUGCUGAGAAGCUAGGCUCAGUGAGCCCUCUUGCUAGGUGUGUGAGUGGAAAAGGUGUGGCUGUUGUGAAGACUGUGUCAAUGGGACAGGGUAGCCAGUUGCUGGGGUUUGGAGGCUGAGGGAAGUGGUAAGGAAACACUGUCAGGAUGUCCUCAUUGGCCCUGCACUCAUCAGAAACAGAGACCAGGGUUGUGGAGUAACUUGGAUAUGAAGAGGAAAACAGUGUGAUCACAGACAAGGUAUGAUGACUGUAGAAAUUAAAAGCAAAAAAGUGAGAGGAUUCAAAAUAAUCCCAGAGUUACCUGCCUCAGAAACAUACAUGCAUAACAACGGACAGGUGAAGAGAGUUUCACAUGCUGAGGGAUGUCUCGGCUUGCAUUUGGGAGCACGGUGUUUAUUUUUUCAUUUAAAAAUUUUGUUGAACACAAGACUAUUCAGCUUCUAUGCUGCCUAAAAACCCAUAUCUUUCCCUGCCAUUUUCAUCCUAAGCAAUACUUUGUACCAGCUUUAUUGAAGUAUAAUGUUCGUAUCAUAUGAUUCACCUGUUUUAGGUGCACGAGUCUAUAAUUUUUAAUAAAUUCAUAGAGUUGUGCAACUGUCACCACAGUCUAGUCUUAGAACAUUUCUUUCAUCCACAAAAAUUCCAGCACUGUUCUCACCCCAGCUUAUCUGCUUUUGUGGAUUUGCUUCUUCUAGACAUUUCAUAUAAAUAGAACCACUAACAUGUAGACUUUUUUGCACAUGGAUUCUUUUUUAUUUCCAGCUUUUAUUUUUUGGUUCAGGGGUACACGUGCAGGUUUGUUUCAUGGGCAAAUUGUGUUUCAUGGGGGCUCGGGGUACACAUUAUUUUCUCACCUAUCGUACUUGAUAGGUAGCUUUCAAUUCUUGCCCUCCUGCCUCCAGUAAGUCUGGUGUCUGUUGUUCCCUCUUUUUGUCUAUGUGUACUCAAUGUUUAGCUCCCACUUAGAGUUGAGAAUGUAGAGGAUUUGACUUUCUGUUCCUGUAUUCGUUUGCUUAGGAUAAUGGCCUCCAGCUCCAACUGUGUUGCUGCAAAGGACAGGCUCUCAUUCCUUUUUAUGGAUGCCUAGUAUUCCUUGGUGUAGAUGGGCCACAUUUUCUUUAUUCAGUUCACCAUUGGUGGGCAUCUAGGCUGGUUCCAUUAUCUUCACUAUUGUGAAUAGUGCUGUGAUAAACAUAAGCAUGCAUGUGUCUUUACGGUAAAAUGAUUUAUAUUCCUUUGGGUAUAUACCCAGUAAUGGGAUUGCUGAGUCAAAUGGUCGUUCUGUUUUAAGUUCUUUGAGAAAUCUUCAAACUGCUUUCCACAGUGGCUGACAUAAUUUAUAUUCCCCAGCAGUAAGCCUUCCCUUUUCUCUACAACCUCACUGACAUCUGCUAUUUCUUGACUUUUUAAUAAUAGCCAUUCUGACUGGUGUGAGAUGGUAUCAUUGUGGUUUUGAUGUAUAUUUCUUGAAUGACUGGUGAUACUGAUUGGGCAUUUUUUUCAUAUGCUUGUUGGCCACAUGUGUGUCUUCUUUCGGGAAGUGUCUGUUCAUGUUCUUUGCCCAUUUCUUAAGGGAGCCGUUUGUUUUUUGCGUGUCAAUUUAAGUUUCUUGUAGAUUCUAGAUAUUAGACCUUUGUUGGAUAGAUAGUUUGCAGAUAUUUUUUCCCAUUCGUAGGUUGUGUGUUUACACUGUUGAUAGUUUAUUUUGUUGUGCAGAAGCUCUUUAGUUUAAUUAGGUCCCACUUGUCAAUUUUUAUUUGUGUUGCAGUUGCUUUCAAGUAUUCCUGAUGAAAUCUUUGCAAUGCACGGGGAUUCUCUAACUUAGCAUUCAUCCAUGCUGUUGUAUAUAUUAGUAGUUUUUUCCUUUAUUUUGCUUCAUAGCAUUCCAUUAUAAGAUAUACUACAUUUUAUUUAUUCAUUCAACAGUAGAUGAAUAUUUGGACUUUUCUGUUUGGGGCUAUUAAGAAUCAUGCUGUUAUGAACUUGUGUUCAGUUUUGUGUGUGGACACAUUUUAUUUCCCUGGAGUGAGAUUGCUGAGUUACAUGCUAAGUUUAUGUUUAACUUUCUAAUAAAUUGCCACACUGGCUUUCAAAGUGGCUGGAUCAUUUUACAUUCCCACCAGCAAUGUUUUAGGGUUCCAAUAUAGUCACAUCUCCACCAAUACUACUUUUUAUCAUUUUUUUUUUUUUUUUGGACAUGAAGUCUUACUGUUGCCCAGGCUGGCAUGCAAUGGCAUGAUCUUGGCUCACUGCAACCUCUUCCCCCCUGCCCUGGGUUCAAGCAGUUCUCCUGCCUCAGCCUCCUAAGUAGCUGGGAGUAUAGGCAUGUGCUACCACAUUCAGCUAAUUUUUUUAUUUUCAGUAGAGAUGGGGUUUUGCUGUGUUGGUCAGGCUGGUCUCGAACGCCUGACCUUAAGUGAUCCACCUGCCUCAGACUCCCAAAAUUCUGGGAUUACAGGUGUGAGCCACCACACCUGGCCUGUUGUCUGCCCUUUUUAUUAUAGCCACCCUAGUGAGUGAGUAUGAAGUGGUAUUUUAUGAUUUUAAUUUGCAUUUUUCUAAUAAUGUUUAAUAGUGCUUUUUAAAAUUUGAUUAAUAGCCCUUUUUAUUUCUUUUUUGGUAAAGUAUUCAUCUCUUUGCCUCUGUUUUUAUAAGACUGCUUCUUACUGAAUUGUCAGAGUCCUUUAUAGAUCUGGGUACAAGUCUUGUAAUAGAUGUAUGAUUUACCAGUGUUUCUCCCAGUAUGGGGCUUGUUUAUAUAUAUAGUUUGUUUUGGUUGUUAUAUAUAUAUAUAAAACAAUAUACAUAUAUAUUAUUUGUUUUGGCUGGGCAUGGUGGCUCACGCCUGUAAUCCCAGCACUUUGGGACACUGAGGCAGGUGGAUCAUGAGGUCAGGAGUUUGUGACCAGCUUGGCCAGCACAGUGAAACCCUGUUUCUACUAAAAAUACAAAAAUUAGCUGGGCAUGGUGGCACACGCUUGUAGUCCUGGCUACCUAGGCGGCUGCGGCAGGAGAACUGCUUGAACUCAGGAGGUGGAGGUUGCAGUGAGCUACGAUUGCGCCACUGCACUCCAGCCUGGGUGACAGAGCAAGACUCCGUCUCAAAAAAAAAAAGACCAGUCUGCUUGGUGAUCUUCCAUUUGUCCUCCAGAACCCAUCUUGGAUACUUAAGCCCUCUGUGGUGUUUUCCAGCUUCUCUCUUCUCCUUCUGCUUAUCUCUGUGUACAUUCGUCUGUUGUCGAAUAUGAAAUCCAGUAUUGUCAUCAUGUGUAUGUGUCUCUGUUCCCUACUGGAAUAUGAGCUUAUUCAUGUUGCUGUUCUCAGUGGCUAAAACAUAGUAGGACCUAAAAUAUUUUUGGUUAAAUUUGAUUAAAUAUUAACCUCUCUAACCCUUGAAACUCUUGUUCUCUUUCAAAAUUCAAAACACUCAAGCAUUUGAAACAAAAACAAUGAAGAGAGACCAGGGAACCAGCUUGUUCAGGAAAAGGAAUAAAUCAUUCUAGCUGACAAUACUCAGUAGAGCUGCUUUGUAGCUUGUUGAGAUAGACAUAUAAAAAGGGACACUGAUUUGAUGGGACCUGAACAGUAUGAUGGAUAAGUGCUCCAGGCCUAAUGAAAUAGCAUAUCUAAGAACACCAGGAAACCCUCAGAUGACAGCAGUCGCGCGCCCAGUUCCACCUCUGCUGUUUACUCCCAGUCAUUCUGCACUUUGCUCUGCCGAGGGUUUCACAGUCCCCUGUUGAUUGCAGAGAUGGGCACUUGACCCUCUGCCUGCCCUGUGCAUUUCCUGUUAUGUAUGGCACCUAAGGUUUUUACUUCACACGCGUGACCACCAGUGCUUUAGAGAGUCCUCUUAAAGAUGCUGUGUUGGAGUUUGUUUGUAUCUCUGCAUAUUCAGGUGAGAGAGAAUCUAGUCUACUUUCACCACAGAUAUUUACUGAGGAUUUCAAGUGUAUAAAGCUCUGUGCCCCGUGCCCUGUGGAAGACACAUGCAUACUCGAAUGACACCUGGCAUCUUCCCGUGAGGGGGAGCUUCAGUAUGCUUAAAACAUUGAUGAAAGAAGAAGAAAUAUUGCUCUGAUUCCCCCAUGUACCUCUGCAAAAUCUUUUGAGAUUUUCCGCAAUCCAGCUGAGGAGUUAUCUUUCCAUAUUGUCAACUUAAGCAGGAUUCACGGAGCAACGUAUUUAGAUAUUGAUCUUCUUAACUAUGUCUUAGGAAAAGCUUUUAGGUCAAUCUCUUGAAGCUUGUUGUUUUGAGACAGGAAUAUAAGGGCAGUGAUGAUUAUAGGAUCUGGCUUAGACUUUCAGAAUGAGACUUCUCCCUCCUGAGGCUGACCUGCUCAGGAGUUGGAACCAUAUCAAACUGUAAGGAUCAAGUACACGCUCAAGGUUUAAGAACAAGCUUUUAAAAUAUCCGCCUGUAUCGUCUCACCUCUGAUGUGGUUUAAAACAUGCCAUUUAUAAAAGUGAUUAGGCUGGGAUUUGGAGCCAUGAAGACCUGGGUUAGAAUCCUGGGGCUGCCACCUGCUGGCUGUGUGUCUUUGAGUCUGUGGCAUGGUCUCUGAGCUCCAGUUUCCCAUUCUGUACAAGCAGUGUUCAUGCCUGUCUCACAAAGGUGUUGCAGAGGUUAAUGAAGAAAUAUAUGGAGGUUGGGUGGCCUACCUUGUGCAUAGGAGUUAUUAAUAGAUGGUCGUCAUUAUCACUGUUUUCAACUAUUUCUGUGCUGACAUGAACUUGAUGAUGCUAAGCCCAUACAAUCUCUCCAUAGCAGUCUGUAGCUCAUAUGGUAUCUCUUAUUUUUUAUGCUUUAGAGUUCUUAUUAAAUAAACCACACAUUAUGGAUAUGGUCAAAUUUAUUUCUCAUUCUGUUUGUCUUCCCCCAUGUAGAAAGCUAAGCAGUAUCCAGAGAUGGGUCUGUGUUCCUUGUAUUUUUAGAAACUUACCCAAUAAUAAAUUAACACACGCAGUCAAUAGUAUCUAAUAUAUAACCUGUUUUCAAGUUCCUCUAAUUGAGAUAGUUUGUUUUUGAUCUGGGAUCCAGUUAAAUUAUAGGCAUUGCAUGGCCAUCAUGUCUUUCUCACCUGGAACGUUCAUUCUCCCACCUCUCUCCUUUUUAUGUCCCUCUUGGUGGUGGCAUUUUAGUGGAGUCUGGGUGAGUUGUCAUGUAUAACGUCCUGUCCUCCGGCCCUGCCUGGUGGCUUCCUCCUGACAUGCGAGCCCCAUGAGGUGACGGGAAGUGUGGCUUUUGAGUCCAGUGAGGUGAUGGGAAGUGUGGCCUCUGAGCCCCAUGAGGUGAUGGGAAGUGUGGUCUGUGAGCCCUGUAAGGUGAUGAGAAAGCAUGGUCUGCGGGCCCUGUGUGUUUCCUGUCCCAACCCUGCUUUCCCACUCCACAAGUCCUGCUUCAUCUCUCAGAACCUGCUUCUCCUCUAACUAUGGAACUUACACAACACAGAGGGUUACUAUGAGUUCCCCAUGAGAUGACUGAGGGGAAGACCUGAACAAUUCCAGGCACAUGGUACACCUGCGAAAAGGUUUUCAGCAGCUGAACAGGUGCAGGAUACUGCCGAGAGAGACAAGAAGAGAGCUGGUGGGCCAGGUGAGGAUGGGAGCAGGGUGUCCUAAGUGAGUGUGGUCAAAGCUAGCAGGUGCUUAAGAAAGCUGUUUUAUUUUUGUUUUCUUUUCUUGGAUUUACUAUGCUGUGAUUUGGAAUAGAGAGGAGCAAUGGGACUCUGUAAACUGAGGCAGCAGAUUCAGAAGGGCUAAUAGAGCAGAAACCAUCCCUUUGAAGGCAGAAAUUAAGUAAAGUGCUGGUUCAGUUCUGAGCACCUGGCAAGUGCUUUCUGGACCUUGGUGGGGACGCUCACAGGCCGGGUACCUUCAGAUAGGUGAGAACCACACUCUCCCUUCGUCGCCACCAGAUGGAUCUCUCUCUCUCUGCAUGUGUUACUAUCCUGGUUAUGCCGGAAAGCUUCUUUCUGCUGUUGCUGUUGUUCGUGCUUUCCUUUUCUUGCAAGAGCAGCCAGGUACAUACAUAGACAGUUCCUAGAUCUUGAAGGGGUCUCCCAUUUGGGGCCUUAUGCUGUUGGUCCCUAGUAGGAGGGACUGCUUUCUGCAGGGCAAGGGGAAAGUCCUAAUCCUUCCUGGGCAAGCCUCAGUUGUUCUUAGGCCACUCCAGGGACAAAGACUGACUCAGAUAACUGGUUCAUGGUCGGUGCUAGAUGUUAACACAUACUUUGUAUUAUUAACAAAGUAUGUGUUUUGUUAGGCCCCAUGAGAAAUGAAAAUGCUGGGCCACUUAUUCAGAGCACAAGAAAAAAAUUCCCUUAAAGAUAUUAAAAUAAAAUGCUGUUUCUUUCUUCUAUGGUCUCCUUCCUGACUUGUCAUGAGGUUUUUAAUUUGCUAUUGAAUGUUUCUCUAAGAAAAAAAAAUAAAAUUUUAAGUUAUUGGCAUGAAUUUUAUCAUUCAUCUAUAUAUGGUGCAAUGCUAGAGGUUUUUUUUUUUCUAUAAAAUUCACCAUCUUAACCAUUUUUAAGGGCACAGUUUAGUAACAUUAAGUAUAUUCACACUGUUGUGAUGAACGUCAGUUUUAAAAGCAAAUGUAAAAGCAUUUAGCUUGUGUGUGGAAUCACUGAAAUGACAUAACUUGUAUUUCAUAGCUUAUACAUGCAUGUGUAUUGCAUUGUCAAUAGAAUGGUGAGACACUGCACAAAACUAACUCAGCUGUUUGUAUCUCAUUUCUUGACACAUGGACAUUGUACCCACACCCUUGACUUUUGGCUUAUUGAUAAGUAAGGAAGGACUAAAAGGAAAGGUACUGUAGGUUGCCUGAUCUUUUUCUUUCUGUGUCAUCUUUGGUGUAAGUGGUUGACUAACAGAAAUAUAACACAUUUGUUAAGAAAUGAACGGAUAGGUUUCCAUGGUCAUUCAUGUUUCAUAGAAUGCCAUUGCCUCCUUUCUGCAUUCAGAGCAAGUUCUGAUUGCUAAAAGAGUAGAUUUUAAGUAUUCUUACCACACAAAAAAAUAAAUAUGUGAGGUCAUGGAUAUGCUAAUUGAUUCGAUUUAGCCAUUCCACAACUUAUGCAUUCAUCAAAACAUCAUAUUGUAUACCAUAAAUAUCUACAAUUUUUACUUGUCAAAAAAAUAUUUAUGGUAUACUUGUCAAAAGAAAAAAAAGGCAACUUGUGGUUUGAAUGGAAGGAGUGGCCUCCUGAGGCCCUCAGCGCCUCUGCUGAACUCCCGAGCUUCCUGGGUCCAUUGGAAGCUUGCGCUUAUGGGGCAUCAAGGGUGGCGGUGCAAAUGGGGUGAUUAGGAAUGCGGUAGACAUGCACCUCGCCGAUGGCCUUUCCCGUGCACCAUGCACGUGUGCCUUUGACCUAUUGGACUUCACCUACACAAGUUUAAAGGUAAGUUAGUGAGAGUGGCCAGACGGUAACAGCAGAGCUUUCUAUGCAUGGGCUGUGUGCCUGUCGGGGUUGCACACCCACGGAGCUGGUCCUGCUCAUAGCACAUGUUUCACCUAGCCCUGCAGGAAGGGAAGACACUGGGGAUAGCAUUGCUUUUGGGAGCCCCUUAAAUCGGACCAUUUGAGCUGGCCGGUCCAUCUCCGAAAGGUGGCCCCACUCCCGUUCCUAGCCCUUUCCUCAAAUUCAAUAGCUCUCUCCCAGAAGUAAUGCAUCAGUACCAAGAAGUGGGAUUGGGUAGGCUUUAUUAGUCAGAAUCCGGUUAAGUAAUUCAAACUGUUUGGGGAUUCAUAGAACAGGCUUUUAUAAAAUGUGUAGCACAUUAGUCCCCUCUGUGAAUAUGUUGUUAAACGAACUAUGUGCUGAGAAGUUCACAUAAUCUUCCCAACUAGGACCUAAGCAGAAGGUGCCAUCAGCCCAUUUCACAGUUUAGGAAAUGGAGGCCCCAACUAGGUAAGGCAGAAUUAGGCAUUCCUCCAUUACAUUUCGGGUUCCAUAUUCUGGUUUCGGAGCUUUGUCAGUCACCCGCUAUUCAGAGGGCUGAAGGAAAACUCCAUUCUCCACCAAGAGUCACCAGCCCCCUUUGAAACAGCUCAUGUUUGAGUACAAAAUCGCACAGGUAAAAUGCACUCUGGGUGUGAGGCACCAGGUGCGAUCCAAGUAGAGAAAAGUGCUCAUUAUUUUGAAGGUUACAAAUAGAUUUCAAACGUUGGACUGUUCUUUUGGUUACUUCCGGAGAUGAAAGUGCACAAUUUUCACAACGUUCUUUUUCAUAAGCUAUCAGAAGCUUCAUGUUUUUAAAAAAUGCAGGAUGUCACUCCCCAUCGUCUCUGUAAUUCCCUUGUGGUUGAAUGUUUUAAUCAGGUGUUUUUGUGCUUUAAAGAUUUUUCAUUUGAUUUACAACUUGUAGGAGUGGAGUUGCAGUGAGUAAUUAGGAAGAAUGCCAUAAAGAGGACAAAAGGAAGGUGAAACCCAGCGUUAAUAAUUUAGUUUCAAUAACCUUAAAAGGUUUACUGUUCACUUUUAACCUUGUAUCCCAAAAAGCAAGCUAUUGCAGUGAAUCAUAAAAAUGUUUCUUUUAAUUUGCAAGUCAUUUAUCUAAGUAUGCUUACAGGGACUGAUGUGUUCGUAAAACAGGAAGGUCACAGAACGACAGCAGCUGCUUGAGUUGAUCCUGGCCAUUGAGGUCGCCUUGCCUUUGAUUGGAUGAUCUUAGGGUUUGCACUCUGUAGAGGCUGGCUUUCAAAAUUCAUAGAUUAGUAUAGUGCCAGAUUUAGUAGCAUUUUAGUUAGUACUGGGCAAAUCAAAAUAGACUCACACUAGUGGAGGGGCAAGAAGAGACUAGAAGUGAUUUUUGAUGGGGACAAAAUGACUAAGAGAUUUACAGGUGAUAUUUAAAUCCUAAUGUCAAAACUAGGGGGCAGGCUGAGGUUAGGCUUUGCGAGGAACUUCAAAACACCUGCAAACUAGAAUUUUUACAUCUCAGGAGGCCUGCUAAAUUAACAGAGAGAUUUUUCACCCAGAUCUCAUUACCAGCCCUAUUAAAACAAUCCCUAUUGAACAUUCUACUAUGCCAUUGCAUAGAAAAAUCACCAGGUGCCUGAAGGUGUGCUUUGUUUUCUAAUUAGGAUGGGGGGGUGCAUACCCCAGCUACAGUGGAAGAGCUGAUGGCAUAUUUUGUGGGGGCACCUUCUUUAAUUAAAAAAUACAUGCCAUAAUAAAUGGAACCGUUUUUUUUCCUAGAGUUAUUUUCUUUCUGCAAAUGGAGUUUGUCAGUAUUUUGUUUCUCAGUGUUUCAGGUGUUCUCUGCAACUCUAAGUCCUGCCCGGCCCCUCUGCUGCAGUUGGAUCAGCCUCUGAAGGCUGCCUUGUAUGACUGGCCUUGAAAACAGAGGGAGGCUGUAGAAAUUAUGUAGAAAUCCAGAAAAUGGGUUACUAGAUUCUUGCAUUUUGAUUUUGACAUAAAGUAGACAGACCCAGCUGCAAAAGUGGCCUUUAAUGGAUUUUGACCUUUAGUGUGAACAUUUAAAGUGAGUUCUUCUUCCUGCUCUAGGCCUUUGAAUACUAUGGCUACUUUUGGCCCGUCCGGAAAUCUGGUGAUGAUUUGAACUAUUGAUUUGGUGUUGGUUGAUGGACUUGGAAUGCACGCCUCAGAGAGCUGAGGUUCAGUGAGAACUCCAGCAACCUAAACUUCCUCUGUGUUCCCUGGCCCAGUUUUACACCUCCAUCUUCUGAAUUGGAUAAACCUGUAGUCAGGGCUGUCGCUGGCCAAUAUGACACUUUUGCACCAGUUAGAAAAGGCAUGCCUUCCACCAAACAC